ACAUGAAUCCGUUGUCAUCUGGGGAAAUUGUCGCUGUCUGGAAGUUUGUCGGCUGCUUGUAUUUCAGUCGUUAUUUUUCAAAUAUUUAAAGAGGAAAUUUUCUUUUACUUAAUAGCUAAUAUUUUGUAAACAUGUUUCAAGCAAGAACUAUUAAUGCAGAACACAAAGACCUUAUCCACGAUGUGGCAUAUGAUUUUUACGGCCGCCGAUUGGCAACUUGUUCCUCGGACCAGAGCGUAAAAGUUUUUGAUUUAGAUGAGAAUGAUGAAUGGAGAUGUACAGCAGACUGGAAGACUCAUGCUGGUUCAGUUUGGAAAGUUAAUUGGGCCCAUCCAGAAUUUGGUCAAAUUCUAGCCACUUGCUCUUUUGACAGAACAGCUGCAAUAUGGGAAGAAAUUGUUGGUGAAUCUGGAAAUUCAACACAAAGUAAAAAUCAAAGCCACUGGGUUAAACGGACAAGCUUAGUAGAUUCACGAACUAAUGUGACAGACAUUAAAUUUGCACCAAAACACAUGGGGCUUUUGUUGGCCAUGUGCUCAGCUGAUGGUGGUGUUAGGAUAUAUGAAGCUCCCGACAUCAUGAAUCUAAGCCAAUGGAGUUUGCAACAGGAAAUAACCCUGAAAAUGCCAGCUUCUUGUUUGUCAUGGAACCCUUCAUUUUCUCGUCUUCAUCCACCUAUGCUGGCAGUUGGCAGUGAUGACACAAAUGUUGCAUCUGGUGGAAAAGUCUUUUUGUUUGAAUAUAGUGAAAGUUCUCAUCGUUGGUCUAAAGCCGAAACAAUCAACACAAUUGUCGAUCCUGUACAUGACAUAGCUUUCGCACCAAACCUCGGAAGAAGUUAUCAUAUUUUGGGUAUUGCAAGCAAGGAUGUUAGAAUUGUUAUUCUUCGACCACCACAGAAAGAUGCAUUUGCCGCAUGUCCGACAUCUCAAUUAGAGGUACUGCAGGCAGCACAGUUUGACGACCACCACUCUACGGUUUGGAGAAUUUCGUGGAAUAUCACUGGAACUAUUUUAGCCUCUUCAGGGGACGAUGGGUGUCUAAGAAUGUGGAAAGCCAAUUAUUUGCAAAGUUGGAAAUGCAUUGCUGUUUUGAAGGGUGAUGGAUCGGGGGUUACUCCAGAAGAUGGAACUGAUCGUGAUAAAACUAUUGGUUCUGGUGGUACAGCACGGUACUUUAAACUUGGUGCCAUUAGCAACCCAAACCAAGUACCCUGGCAUUAAACAUACCCCCAAAAAGUGAAGCAAUCCACCAAUCUCCAUUUCGAUUUAAAAAGCGGGUAUAUGUCUGCGGAAAAGUGCACGGCAUACUGAUAUGGAAUACGAAACUAAAAUGUUGUU